AUGAUGGGGGGACGAGGUGGGGGAGUAGGGAGCGGGGGAGGAGGGGGGCGGCGGCAGGAGCGGCAGGCGCUGAUGGCGGCGUUCGCGGUGGCGCUGCUGAUGGGCACCGCCGUCUACUUCCGCAUCUGGGCGCGCCAGUCCGACGACCCCUCCUUCACCGCCGACGACCGCGAGGAGCUCCGGAGGCAGUUCGAGCAUGCUAACCUAGAGGCAAUGGAUGAAUCCGCUGAGUGGAGAAUGAAAUACGACACGGAGUUGGCGAAAAACAGGGACCUGCAAGAUGAACUUUUAAAGGUCAAGACCUCACUGUCUGAUUCAACCAGGAGAUUUGAAGAGUUGCAAAAGGAUAAUGAGAUGUUGAAGAGGCAGACUGAAUCCAUGAAACUGGAGUGCAAUUGCACCGUUCCAUUGAAUAUUAAUCAGGAAUAA